AACUUUUGUACACUCUAUCUCAACUUUUGUACACUCUAUCUCAUAAUUGCUGUUCCUAGCUGAUGUCUCUGCUUUAUAUAAAAUGGCCAAAUGGGAGCUUAGUCUUCAACCACUCACUUGUGUCAGUUUACUCACUGUUCAUUCGCUCAUUAAUUGUCAUACUUUAAUUUUCACUAGUAUAUUUUCUUGUAUUACUAUACUAAAACUACAAUGGAGUUAGGAAGUGUACUUCAUUUUCUUCAAAAUAAGACCAUUUUAAUCACUGGUGCCACUGGCUUUCUUGCUAAAAUUCUGUUGGAGAAGAUACUCAGAGUUCAACCAAAUGUUAAGAAGGUUUAUCUUCUUUUACGAGCCGCGGAUGCAAAAUCUGCUACUCAUCGUUUUCACAAUGAGAUAAUAGGGAAAGACUUGUUUAGAAUACUAAAGGAAAAAUUGGGAACAAAUUUUACUACUUUUCUUUCGGAAAAGUUGACUCUAGUACCUGGAGACAUUUCUCUUGAAGAUUUGGGAUUGGAAGAUUCUAUUCUAAAGGAAGAAAUUUACAAUCAAACCGAUGUUAUUGUUAAUUUAGCUGCAAAUACCAACUUUGAUGAAAGGUAUGAUAUAUCUUUGGGCCUAAAUACAUUUGGAAUUAAGUAUAUUAUCAACUUUGCCAAAAAAUGCAGUCAACUCAAGGUUCUUGUGCAUGUAUCAACAGCUUAUGUAUGUGGGGAAGGAGAAGGGUUGAUAUUAGAAAAACCACAUCAAUUGGGCCACUCCUUAAAUGGUGUGAAUGGAUUAGACAUUGAUGUAGAAGUGAAAGUGGUGCGAGAUAAAUUGAGUGAGCUACAACAGUUGGGAGCAACAGAAGAAGAGAUUAAAAUGGUCAUGAAGAACUUGGGUCUUACAAGGGCAAAAUUAUAUGGAUGGCCAAACACAUACGUGUUCACAAAGGCAAUGGGAGAAAUGCUUUUGGGGCAAUUGAAAGAAAAUUUGUCUGUUGUUAUUGUUCGUCCUGCAAUUGUCACAAGUACAUUCAAAGAACCUUUCCCUGGUUGGUCUGAAGGUGUAAGGACAAUUGACAGUUUAGCCGUAGCUUAUGGGAAAGGAAAAUUAACAUGCUUCCUUGGAGAUCUUAAUGCAAUUGUUGAUGCGAUACCAGCUGACAUGGUGGUGAAUGCAAUACUAGUUGCCAUCGUAGCUCAUGCAAAUUAUCCCAGUGAAACUAUAUAUCAUGUUGGUUCUUCUGUUAGAAGACCUCUCAUAUAUAGCAAUCUUCAAGAAUUUGGCUUUAGACAUUUCUCAGUAAAACCAUGGAUAAACAAAGAUGGAAAGCCUAUUAAAGUUAGCAAAGUUAUGGUGUUUAGCAACAUGGAUAGCUUCAGAAGAUUUAUGUUCAUUCGCUACCUUCUUAUGUUAAAGGGACUUGAGCUAGCUAAUACUGCACUUUGCCAGUAUUUCCAAGGGACAUAUCUUGAUCUCAAAAGGAAGAUUCAGAUUGUGAAUCGGUUGGUGGACCUUUACAAGCCUUACUUGUUCUUCAAGGGAGCAUUUGAUGACAUGAAUACAGAGAAGUUGAGAGUGGCAGCAAGACAAGGUGGAGUUGAGACAGAUUUGUUUUACUUUGAUCCUAAAGUGAUCGAUUGGGAUGAUUAUUUCUUGAACAUUCACCUCCCUGGUGUGGUCAAAUACAUUCUGAAGUGAUACUAUAUAAAGUGAUGAAAUACAUAUAUAUAUAUAUACUACAUCUUUUAAUUUGUUUGGUGAAACUUGUAAUUUUAUUAAGUUCAAAUUUAUGCUUGAAGAAUUAAAUAAAAGCUGUGUUAUUUGUUGCUUUUGAUGACAGUCUAAAUUGUGUUAGCCUGCUGAAAAUUAUGUUAAUUUCAAAGAUUUGAUGAAUAUUGAUAAAGUGUAUUAUCCAAUAUCAAAUAUAUAUUAAUUUUCUCUUGCAAA